GCCCCCGCCGACUGGCCCCGGCUCACACAGGGCCGCGCAGUCCCAGGUCGCCUCGGGGUGUAGCGGAAACUGGGGGCCGCCCUAGGCCCCGCCCUCGAAGCCUCACUUCCGGGCCUUAGCGGCUGCCGAAGGGAAGAACUAUGGAGCGUCAGGUGCUGCUGAGUGAGCCCCAGGAGGCGGCAGCGCUGUACCGGGGCCUCAGCCGCCAGCCUACGCUGAGCGCCGCCUGCCUGGGCCCGGAGGUCACCACGCAGUACGGGGGCCUCUAUCGGACGGUGCACACUGAGUGGACUCAGAGGGACUUGGAGCGAAUGGAGAACAUCCGGUUCUGCCGCCAGUACCUGGUGUUCCAUGAUGGAGACUCGGUGGUGUUUGCCGGGCCUGCAGGCAACAGUGUGGAGACCCGGGGGGAGCUGCUGAGCAGAGAGUCUCCUUCGGGCACCAUGAAAGCUGUGCUGCGCAAGGCUGGCGGCACAGUCCCAGGGGAGGAAAAACAGUUCUUGGAGGUCUGGGAGAAGAAUCGGAAGCUCAAGAGUUUCAACCUGUCGGCUCUGGAGAAGCAUGGCCCCGUGUACGAGGACGACUGUUUUGGCUGCCUUUCCUGGUCAUACUCAGAGACACACUUGUUGUAUGUGGCGGAGAAGAAGCGUCCCAAGGCUGAGUCCUUCUUUCAAACCAAAGCCUUGGACAUCAGUGCCAGUGAUGAGGAGACGGCCAGGCCGAAGAAGCCAGACCAGGCCAUCAAGGGGGAUCAGUUUGUAUUUUACGAAGACUGGGGAGAAACCAUGGUUUCCAAAAGCACCCCUGUGCUGUGCGUGCUGGAUAUCGAGAGUGGCAACAUCUCAGUGCUUGAGGGCGUCCCUGAAAAUGUGUCCCCUGGUCAGGCUUUCUGGGCCCCCGGAGACACCGGUGUGGUGUUUGUGGGCUGGUGGCAUGAACCCUUCCGGCUAGGCAUCCGUUUCUGCACCAAUCGCAGAUCGGCCCUGUACUACGUGGACCUGAGCGGAGGAAAGUGUGAACUACUCUCGGGUGAUUCCCUGGCUGUGUGUUCUCCUCGGCUGAGCCCAGACCAGUGUCGCAUCGUCUACCUGCAGUACCCGUCUCUGCUCCCUCAUCAUCAGUGUAGCCAGCUGUGCCUGUAUGACUGGUACACCAAGGUCACCUCAGUGGUGGUAGACAUUGUCCCUCGGCAGCUGGGAGAGAACUUCUCUGGGAUCUUCUGCAGUCUUCUGCCUUUGGGGUGCUGGUCAGCUGACAGCCAGAGAGUGGUCUUUGACUCAGCACAGCGCAGUCGGCAGGACCUGUUCGCUGUGGACACCCAGACCGGCAGUGUUACCUCCCUGACAGCUGGAGGGUCAGGUGGAAGUUGGAAGCUGCUUACAAUCGACCAAGACCUGAUGGUGGCCCAGUUCUCCACGCCCAACCUGCCCCCGAGCCUGAAAGUUGGCUUCCUGCCCCCUUCUGGGAAGGAGCAGUCUGUGUUGUGGGUCUCUCUGGAGGAGGCCGAACCCAUUCCUGACAUCCACUGGGGCAUCCGUGUGCUACACCCACCUCCAGACCAAGAGAAUGCACAGUAUGCUGACCUUGAUUUUGAAGCAAUCCUUUUGCAGCCCAGCAACCCUCCAGAUAAGACCCAGGUGCCCAUGGUAGUCAUGCCCCAUGGGGGACCCCACUCGUCCUUUGUCACCGCCUGGAUGCUGUUCCCAGCCAUGCUUUGCAAGAUGGGCUUCGCAGUGCUACUGGUGAACUAUCGUGGCUCCACUGGCUUUGGCCAAGACAGCAUCCUUUCUCUCCCAGGCAAUGUGGGCCAGCAGGAUGUGAAGGAUGUCCAGUUUGCAGUGGAGCAGGUGCUCCAGGAGGAACACUUUGAUGCAGGGCGUGUGGCCCUCAUGGGUGGUUCCCAUGGUGGAUUCCUCUCCUGCCACCUGAUUGGUCAGUACCCAGAGACCUACAGUGCCUGUAUAGCCCGGAACCCUGUGAUCAACAUUGCCUCCAUGAUGGGCUCCACUGACAUCCCUGACUGGUGUGUGGUGGAGGCUGGCUUCCCAUAUAGCCACGACUACCUGCCAGACCUGAAUGUGUGGGAGGAGAUGCUGGACAAAUCACCCAUCAAGUACAUCCCACAGGUGAAGACGCCAGUGUUACUGAUGCUGGGCCAGGAGGACCGGCGUGUACCCUUCAAGCAGGGUAUGGAGUAUUACCGUGCCCUCAAGGCCCGGAAUGUGCCUGUUCGGCUCCUGCUCUAUCCCAAGAGCACCCAUGCGCUAUCGGAGGUGGAGGUGGAAUCAGACAGCUUCAUGAAUACUGUGCUUUGGCUGCACACGCACUUGGGCAGCUGAAGCUGUCAUUCUUCAUGAGCUGGUCAGUUGUCACUUGGCUCCUGGUAAGCUCCAGGAUCUGGCAGAACAGCCGAGAAGCUUCCUGGGCUCUGGACUCUGAAUGAGUGGGCAGAGUGGACUGCAGAUUCAUAAUAAACGGAGGACACAGA